CUGGAGGAGGAUGCAGCUGGAGCAGAGCUGAAAGCGCCUCAUCAGGACCACAAGUCUAGAGUGUGAUGAAUGGAACGAGACACGGCGUGAGUGAUGCAGCUACUUUGGCUCACUCACUGAUCUCCGUCCUGUUUGGAUGAAGGAUGUCACCUCUGCACCCACGCCUGGACAUGCGUAUAGGUUGUCCAGUAGGACAUGGAUGGGUGGUGCAGACCAUCGAACUUUGAAAGUGACCACCUCUAUGAAAAGGUUUGAUUUGUGAGAUAUUGAUGUAAAUGGAGAACCUGCUGUGUCACCAAGACAAACUGGACAUUCACUUCUAAAGCCCUUUGCCUUGAAACAGAAACAGCAUCGCUUCUCUCUAAAGUAAUAUAUUACUCUCAAUUAAUGUCAAACUGCACGCCGGAGCAGCUUAAUGCUGCAUUGCUGGGUGAAACAUUGCUAAUGGAAAGAAAUCCCUAUAAGAUCCAACUCGUCACAAUUCACCUACAUGCAGCAUGAUGCCCUUAAAGGUGUCAUGUUUAUACCUGCUGACGGUGGUCUGCUGGGCGAGCGCUCUCUGGUACUUGAGUAUACCUCGUUCGACGUCCACUUACCUCGGCCACAUGUCUGUGUCCGUACGCAAGCCCCACAAAAAUAUCACCUUCAGCAACAUCCGCGCCCGCCCCCUCAACCCACACGCCUACGAAUUUGUGAUCAACGAACCCAAGAAGUGCGAGAGUGUCACUCCCUUCCUGGUCAUCCUCAUCAGCACCACGCACAAGGAGUUUGAUGCAAGGCAAGCCAUCCGGGAAACCUGGGGGGAUGAGAGCACCUUCAGUGACAUUCGCGUCCUCACCAUCUUCCUACUCGGCUGGAACACCGACUCCGUCCUGAACCGCAUGGUGGAGCAGGAGAGUCAGAUUUUUCACGACAUUGUGGUCGAGAACUUCAUCGAUUCUUACCACAACCUCACUCUCAAGACCAUGAUGGGCAUGCGCUGGGUGGCUACCUUCUGCCCCAAAGCACAGUAUGUCAUGAAGACAGACAGUGACAUCUUUGUCAACAUGGACAACCUGAUCUACAAGCUCCUGAAGCCCACCACGAAACCAAGAAGACGAUAUUUCACCGGCUACGUGAUCAACAAUGGACCCAUUAGGGACAUGCGCAGUAAGUGGUACAUGUCCAGGGACUUGUAUCCUGACAAUAAGUACCCACCUUUCUGUUCGGGCACUGGCUACGUGUUCUCGGCAGACGUGGCUGAGCUAAUCUUCAAGACUUCCCUUCACACGAGACUGUUGCACCUGGAGGACGUGUAUGUGGGAUUGUGUUUGCGUAAACUGGAUAUACACCCUUUUCAGAACAGUGGCUUCAAUCACUGGAAAAUGGCCUACAGUCUGUGCAGGUAUCGACGCGUCAUCACGGUCCACCAGAUCUCGCCGGAGGAGAUUCACCGCAUUUGGAAUGAUAUGACCAGCAAGAAGCACCUGAGAUGUUAGUGGACAUAAGGACAACUGAACAAUAUACAUAUAUAUAUAUUUUUUUUUUUCUUGCCUUUGUUCCUUGUUGAACUGAUUAAUGUAAACCAUUGAGGGCUGCUCCAAGUCUCCGUUACAUGAUAGACGUUCCCAUCGCUACCCACAGCUGUCUGUUUCUGCUGAUUGCACCUCAUGAUUGUUAGUGAAUGCAUGGGGCUUGUAAAGUGCAUUACGCUCACAUAUACUGUAGUUAAAAAGUCAAAAUCUAUCAGCAUUGAGCAUUAAAGGUCUAGUGUGUAAAAUGUAGGAGAGUUUACUGGUUAAAUAUGAAUAUACUACCCAUGGUUGUAUACGCGUAUAAUCACUUUUAAAACUCUUGGUUUUUGUAGCCAUAGAAUAAGACUUUUACAUUCACUUGAAGGGAGUGUUUAUAUCCUUUCUGAUACGAGUGGACUACAUCGGCCUGAUGUGCUUUUGUUUUUCCAGUAACGAUAGUACCUGGUACUUUUUUUAGGACCUGCUCUGCACGUCAGCAAGCCAGGCCGAUACUGAGUGUGACGUCGACAAGCUGUCGGCCACUGAUUGACAGAAAGUGUAAUCACUGGAAGAGUCAUGAGCGCGACGUCCAACAGAAGAAUCCAACGGAACAAUGCCGAACUGUAGAUCAGUUAAAAACUUUAAAAAAAUGCUAAAAAACAUGCAUUUAUCGACAACAUUUAGCAAGGAAAGUGCCAUUAGUGGAGGAGUCCUCCUUUUGUCCCCUCUGUAUUGUCACCUCAUUAGAUGUCACUAAUUCUUACACACUGGACCUUUAAGUAGUGUGGCCUAAUGGGGAGCGACAGUGUUUUAGUCACGGCGAUGACCUUGGUUCAAGCUCUCUCGCUAACAACAGCAAAGUGUCCUUUGGCAAGACACUGAAUCGCCAUGACUCAGCACCUGAUAUUACUGUACGGCGUGAGCCAGAAGGGUAUUACUGUGCGGGAAACAACACAGUAUCAAUGAUUACAGCUAUAAUAUUACACAUUUUAUAACAAGUAUUAUUUACAAUUUAAUGAGAAUACAAAUGUUAAUCUGAUAAGAUAAAACUAGUGUUGCACCAAUGCUGCUCUCUCACCUUUUUGCACUUUGUUAUGAAUAAAUAUUAAUUAAGAGGCAGAAAAUUAUAGUAUAUAAUUAAUCUCUGAACAGAUUAAAUCAAUAAUUUCCCUUAGUAUUUGGUACAGAUGGCUGGAUUCACCACAUGGUCUUUUUCAUGAAUUUGCCUGAUGUUUAUAUUUACUUAUUUAUACGCAUUACCCUGCCUCUGCUGUGUUUUCUCUUUUAUAUUGUUGUUGUUUUUUUUGUUUUAUUGUUCUCAGCCACCAGCUCCUCAUUAGCCCAGCUGCUACUGUUGGUUGUGUUGAACGUCUGCAGAUAUUAUUUUCUGAUCAUCAGUUCCUCUGAGAGCGAACCUCGGUGUCACAAUUGUAUGUAUGCGUUAAUCUGCACUGCUACAGUAAAACUGGAUGUAGGAUCACGAUAUGCAUUUGGUGUAAUAGCAAUCAUGGAAUCACUGCUUCUGAUGGCAACAUUUUUGUUUCUCAAAAGAUAAUAAAAAUAAAAAAAAUGUUUAAAAAGAAUUCAUGUCCAAAAACCUUCCUUUUCAAGUUUGAUUAAGCUAUAGUGACAGCUACUGUGAAAACAUCUAUCCUGCAAAGGGUUG